UCUCUCCUUCCUUCAUCCAAUUCCUGAAAUUCCCCUCUUUCGAAACACUAAUAACUCCAGAAAUCUCAAUUCCCUAACAGAGAAUCCAUCAAUUUCUUUCUCACUGUUAUCUCCCAAUUUCUUCCAAAUUACAUUAAGCUUCUUCAAAACCCCCCAAAUUUCAUUCUCAAAAAUGAAACUUUCAAUGACCUAAAUCAGAUUUGCUUGGGUUUAAUGGCACCGAGUAAGAGAAGAAGAGGUGGUUCUAAAAAAGCUUCUUCUACUUCUGCUGCUGCUAAGAAACGUAAAAAAUCUGAAAUUUCUACUGUAAAUGUAUUGCCCCAAGAAAAAGAAGAAGAAGAAGAAGGGACAGAAAUUGAAACAGUGGUGGAAGAAAUAGAAGAAAUUCCUGCAGAUCCAGUUGAACCUCCUGUAGAUUGUGGUAAAGCUUCUUCUUCUACUGCUAGGAAAUUGGGGAAUAAAAAUGAAAUUUCAUCUGAAAAUGUAUUGACCCAAGAAGAAGAAGAAGAAGAAGAAGAAGAAGUAGGGAAAGUAAUUGAAAGAGUGGUGGAACAAACACUGGCACAUCCUGCACUUCCAGUUGAACCUCCUGUAGAUUUGGAUUCUGACUCUGGAGCUACCACUAAACGACCUCGGGGUCAUGAUGCGAUAUCUGAUAGUGAUCUUGAUAGCAAGGAUCUCCAACAACCAAUUUUUCGAAAGGAAGGUGAUGAUUCCUCGGCAGGUGGAGAUUCUCCUGUAGGAGAUGUUUCUUCAGGACAACAACAAUUGUGUGAGGAUCGAACAGAAGUGGAGGUUCUUGAUUGUAUACAAGAUGAUAACAAGGAGAAAGGAGAAAGUGGGAGUGAACAUAUGGAAGCCUCUGUGUUCAAACAUAUGGAUGCACGUGGAAGAAAAGUAGAUUUGACACAGAGCUUUGUGAGCGAUCAGGUUUUUGACUCACGUGAUGCUCUUAUCGAGUGGUGUCAGGAGGUUGGAAGAAAAAAUAUGUCUGUGGUUGUGGUAUCCAAGUCAAGGAAUCCUGUUCUAGGAAGGCCUGCAAUGUUGGAAUUAGGGUGUGAAAGAGGUGGUGUGUACCAGGACCAUAAGAAAAAAACAGAUACAUCAACACUGAAAGACCUUACAAAAAAGAGAGAAUCAGGGACGAGAAAAUGUGGAUGUCCAUUUACACUAAAAGGAGUGUGGAUGGCAGGUGAUAAAUGGAAGGUUAGGGUCCACUGUGGUGCACACAAUCAUGAGCUACCAGAGACGCUUGUUGGCCACUCUGAUGUAGCUAGGUUAAAUGAGGAAAAGCAAAUAUUGGUCGAUUGGGCUAAAAGUGGUGUUCGAUCUCGGCGAGUGCUGAGCCCACUCAAACAGAGAAGCAAAGAGAACAUGUCAACAAUGAGGGCAAUUGAUAAUGCAAGUGCUGCAAUAAAACUUACGGAGGUUGAAGGGAAGUCAGCAAUGCACACUCCUUUGGGUGUAAACGUGUCAACAAUGAAGACAGUUAAUAAUGCAAGUGCAUCAAUAAAACUUAUGGAGGUUGAAGGGAAGUCAGCAAUGCAACAGGUACUAGGAUUCCUGUUGAAACACCAUUAUGUGGAAAGGCAUAGGAGAGAUGAAGAGACAGAUGAGCUGAAAGAUAUCUUUUGGGCCCAUCCGGAAUCUCUACAAUUGGUCUUGGGUUUCCAUUCGGUGCUCAUUGUUGACUGCACUUACAAGACCAACCGGUUUGGUUCACCUUUGCUUCGGAUUGCUGGUGUUACUUCUACAGGAAAAUUGUUCACCGUUGCAUUUAUAUUCAUGGAGGCGGAGACAGAAGAUCACUAUGCUUGGGCUUUGACUCGUUUAAAGAGACUAUUUUCGCCAAAUGCUUUACCAUCUACCUUUGUCACAGAUGGAGAGCUCAAAUUAGUGAAUGCAAUAGGUUCAGUCUUUCCAAAAGCAAAAUGGCUGUUUUGCACAUUGCAUGUCUUAAAAAAGGUUUCAGAAAAUUGCAAGCAAUACUUUGAGUCCGAUGAAGAAUUUGAAAGAUUUAUGAAAGAGUGGACAAAUCUGACUCAAGUGAGGACCAAAGACGAGUACGCUGAUGCUUUCUGUGAUUUUGUAUUGACAUGGAGAAGCUACCAUGGAUGCAUCCAGUAUUUACGUGAUAAUUGGCUACGACAUAAAGAGCAUUAUGUACUGGCAUGGACAAAGUUGAUAAAGCAUUUUGGAAACACGGCUAUACAUUGGGUUGGUACUUCUCAUGGUAAUUUGAAGAGUCAGCUAGCAGCUAGUAACUUCUCGACUUGUUGGACGACAAUGCACCAGAUGAUAUGCGACGAGCUAGUAGACAUUAAAGCCUCCUUCGAGAAGAGUCUGAUAUCCAUUCCACAUGAAUAUCUGCUUCCUGCUUUUAAGGAAUUGCGGGGUUGUGUUUCACAUAAGGCGAUGGCACUUUUAUUGUUGGAGCGUAAUCGUUCUGAAGAUGUAGGCUUUGACGUAGGAGUUUGUGGGUGUGUCCUUCGCCUCUCUUAUGGGCUCCCUUGUGCCCACGAGAUAGUACAAUAUUUUCGUAAUGGUACAGAAAUACCUCUUUCUGAGAUUGACUCCCAGUGGAAACUACUUUCAGCUAUACCAGUGCCUGAAGAGCAUAGCGAGUUCGAUUACCUUCCAGAGUUGAAAUCAGUGAGGGAGAGGUGGGAAAAAGCAUCAAAAUCUGAACGCGAGAUAAUGCAGAAGAAGUUAGAGGAAAUUGCAUGCUUGUAGAGUCUUCAGUUGGUAUUGAUCUGGAACUGAUGUCAGGUAGAUCAACUGCUUGUGUCGGUUUUAUCACUUGUGAGGAGAUGUUAGAGAUCCUGGGUAAGGACCACAUCCUAGUAGUAAUUUUACAUCUUUUACAACUCAGAUGAAGGAGCCAAGCUACGAUGAAAAGUUUCAGAUACAUGUUUGGGCAGCAAAAAUGUUAGUCUCUUUUUUCCUUGGAUCGACUAACAGCAUGUCACUCUGUUUUUCUCUGUGCUAUAUAUCUAUUUAAACAAAUGAAUGACACCUUGACUACCGGUAGAAAAUUAAUGUAUAGUUAGUGUUGGAGAACUGGUCUGUUCGUGUAUGAUUAUAAACAUUCUGUUGUAAACUUGUAGUAUGUAAAGUCGUGACGAGCUAAACUAAUUACGAGGGUAUGCACGGUGCAUGCAUCCUCGGUGGUGUUGUGCACAUUGUUUGUGUUGGAUCA